UAUGUUUAUACCAUCUUUUUCCACCAAAUUGAAAUACGAAGCUGAAAUGGCGGCUAAAAUACUUAGAGAAUUUACAAUGGUUGGUUCCAAAAAUCCUGUUGAUAAAUUAAUACCAGUAUGGUCGGCUCCUAGUGCAGUAACUUUAAUAGGCGUUGGUGCAGGAAUUGAAAUAGAUUUUGUUAUUAUUCUAAACACCGAAUCAGCUGUUAGGGCGUUUGCCCAAUCGGGAAAUUUAACGUUAGGAUCAAAUUUAUCUUUAGCCGUAGGACCUAUUGGAAGAAAUGUUGAAAUUGAUAUAUCCCUAAAUAGUCUUGCAGCUGUAUUUACCUAUUCCAAAACAAAGGGAAUAUUUAUCGGUUGUUCUAUUGAAGGAAGCAUUCUUUUGGAAAGAAGAGAUGCUAACACAGAAUUUUAUGGUAGGGCAAUUAGUGCUUCAGAGAUUCUAUUAAAUGGCAGAGUUUACGCACCAGCAAAAUGCUCUGAAUUAUACAAAAUGAUUGAACUACGAACAGGCGAAUACUGUAAAACGCAAACUACAAAAUCAAGAAAUUUUACCAAUUCUACGCAACUGCAAAAGAAGAUAUCUUUAAUACAGAUUAUGUCAGAAUUAAGAGCAUUGCAUAUCGUAUCAACAAGUAAUCGUCCAUAUAGGCUUAGUAAUUUGGUACCUAAGGCCUUCGCAAAAAAGAAUGAUAUAUCUGAAAGCUCUUCAAUUUCAUCUGAAAAUGUUCCGCUUCAAGAAUUAAAAUUAGCCAAUUGUGUUAUUUACAUCGAUUUAGAUAAUUGUGGCCAUUUUUUUAGAUUAGUACCUAAUGAAUUCCCAGCUGGGACUUUUGUUUGGGGUUUUCACGGUGGUUCUUCUAACUGGAGUGGACCAACUCAUUGUACGUCUUUUAACGACAUAAAAGAAAAGGGAAUGUUUAAGUUACACGAAAAAUGUGGUAAAACUAAGGAUGCUGCGGAUGUUGCACUAACACUUCAUGUUGGGAAAGCUCACGAAUUAUUAAGGAAAAGAGUUAUUUUCCUUGUAAUUUCCGGUGACAAGGCGUUUAUUGAACUGCUUAAUCAAUUUCAUAAAUCUAGACGUGAUAUUUACCUGCUAAACCCCCAUCAAAUUUCUGAUAAAAAUUUCUAUCAAUUAUUAAUGGCUGCUAUAGAAAGAAAACUAAAACCUGAAGAGCUGAGAAACCUGGAAUUAGAUAUGCGCACAACAUCUAGAUAAUU